GGCCGCUUUAGAAUCGGUUUUCUGCGUUAAUGGUGGUUUCGAGGAGGUGUUUGCUUAGGUGGUCCAGGGAGAUUUUUUCUUUUAUGAAGUUUGCUCGUGGUAAAAAUAAAACCAAGGAAUCCUGCCUUGUCAUUUUUAUCCUUAUAUUUUGCUGGAAAGAAAACAAAAUAGACAGGAGAACUCUGAGAGAAGCUGUGGCGUUUGUUGUAUGCAGCCGGUGCGGCCCAGGGGGUGAGCGGAUCAGGGCGUCGGACAGAUUUUUUUCUCCCGGCUGACGGAGAAGCAACAGUCUUUUACAGCGGAGCUACAUUUUAAGUGGACGUCGGUUUGGGAGAGGACGACGAAGAUGUCGCAUCGAAUGGCACAUUUCGAUCAAAGAUCGUAAAAGACGAGAACAGGAUAGAACCGAGCAGCGCGGAAAGUGGAACUCGCUUGGUGGGCCUUGUCUGCAAGAAAGGAAUAAGAAUACCCAGUAUUUUUUUUUUGUUUUUAUUUUCUACUGGUGUUUUGCGAGCAGAAACCCCUGAAAUCCCAGUCCCGGUGCUUAGUUCCGGAGAGCUGGGGUUCAGGGGGUUGGGGUGGGGGGAGAAAAGAUCGACGAACGACGGACUCGAGGGAAGGCUGCUGGCGACAGAAUGCUCGAAGUCAUGUCCGAGCAUCAAGAUUCCCUUAUGAAAUGCAAACCGGAGUCUCUGCCUCCUGAGAAGCGAAAGAGGACAGUAGAAGACUUUAAGCAAUUCUGCAGCUUUGUUUUGGCAUAUGCUGGUUAUAUCCCAACUCCAAAAGAGGAAAGUCCAUGGACACCCACAAGUUCCAGUUCUCCACACAGUCAGGCCAAAGGUGGUGGAGACUCAAGUGAUGGUUGGACUUCAGCGCAUUCUGAUUUGCACACUAUUCAGACAUUUGUUCACAAAGCUCGUGUCUCCAAAGGUAAAGGGUUACCAAGGCUCAACUCAGAUGGUACUCUGUUGGAGAAAAUGAGACUCAAGGACUCCCUGUAUGAUAGCAGCAGCAGCUCUAACACCACUUCAAAAUCUGAAAGGAAGAAAGAAAAGAAAUUAAAAAAGCUAAGCAACACAAUAGGCUCAUCAGCUUCAAUAGGAACGUUUGGUCAGGAGAAGGGGAGUCGAAUCAAAAGCAGUAAAAGCACUAAGGCUGCAAAAGUUCUUAAGAAAUUAAAGAGUUCUGCUCAAAGUGAAACUGAUUCUGAGGGAGUCCCCAGUUUGGGAUUAGUGGUGCCAAGAGGGCCAGGUCAAGGAUCUGAAGAUGGAUACAUGGCAAGAUUAGACUUCAAUGAUUCGGGCGAGAUGAAAGUUGAAGAUCAGAGUUCAUCUGAAAAAAAGGAGUCUGAAUUGGCUGAGAGUUUUGAGGAAGAUUCUACUCGUGAGGCAGACAGAAGUUCUAGUGAAAGGGAGACCUGGAUUGCAGAUGAGGAUAUCAUGGUUGAAUCAGGAGACGACUCAUGGGACUUAAUCACCUGCUACUGCCGAAAGCCCUUUGCUGGCCGACCCAUGAUAGAAUGCAAUCAGUGUGGCAUUUGGGUGCACCUCUCCUGUGCAAAAAUUAAAAAGUCAAAUGUGCCAGAUAUAUUCUACUGCCACAAGUGCAAAGAUGUGCGUAUUGACCGUCGAUCAGGUCCCAAGAAGGACGUUGAGAAAGUCUAAUAUUUGUUCAAGGUCCCCACCCAGCUGUGGCUCUGUCUCCCUUUCUUAAUCAGAAACUCUUGAUGGAACGACUCAAUUUUCUUCAAUGUGGACAAAUAAAAAUCUGGAUGACUUCUGCAAAGACAGUAUAAAGCACAGAAUUCAGCAACAUGGCCCUGUCAUGUGUGCAACAAGUUUUUGUUUCACUUUUUUUUUUUUU